CUGGAUAUCUGUGACAGCAACUUCAACUGGAAUGGCUGGUAUCGGCUCCUGUAUUAUGGGAUGAGUGUCCGUAUGCCAGAGAGCUGUGUUAAUGUAUCCAGAUGUGGUACUUAUACCACUCUGUGGCUGACUGGAUCUCACCCUCAGAUAGAGGAUGGAAUAGUCACUCGUGGAGUCUGUGGGAGGUCAGGAAGUGACUGUUGUUACUACAGAUUCAUCCCAAUUCGAGUCAAAGCUUGUCCAGGAAACUAUUAUGUCUAUGAGUUUGUCAGACCAACUAUAUGCAGUGCAGCUUAUUGUGCAGAUGUUAAUGCCAUCACGCCAACCACUGCCCCAACACCUCCAACAGGACCAAGUAUAAUCACUAGCUCUCCAAACAAUAUGACUUUUGACCCCUGCAGUGUCUCUACUGUUCUUGAUAAUAGCUGGAGAAAUACAGGUGGUUUCUACUACAGUGGUUACCGUGGUUUUGAUGACACCCUGAUUGAAUGGAGUGGCUGGUAUCGUCUGUAUCUUCAAGGAAAAAGUGCUCAGAUUCCUGAAUCUGAUUGGUGUGCGAGUUAUAUGACCUGUGGUGGUUACACGCCACUUUUGCUUGGUGGAUCUCAUCCCCGACUACAGGAUGGCAUCGUCACCAGAGAAAUCUAUGGAUCGUAUGGCUAUGUGAUCAACAGCAGUCAAUGUAAUUCCUACAGAUCAAACUCGAUCCAAGUCAAAGCCUGUCCAGGAAAUUACUACGUCUACAGACUCGUCAAGCCAGCUUUGUCAUUUCCAAUGCCCACAUACUGUGCAGUUGUUUUGGACUCUCCCAACUAUGAUCCCUGCAAUAUCUACACUGCUCUGGAUCAACCCUGGAGAGCCACUAAUGCACCUGCAGGGUCCAACUGUGACAACAGCUUCAAUGGGAAUGUCUGGUAUCGCAUGCUGUAUAACGGGAUGAACAUCCGUAUGUCAGACAGCUGUGUUAAUCGAGCCAGAUGUGGAACCGAUGUUGCUCUGUGGCUGAAUGGCUCUCACCCCCAGAUAGAGGAUGGAAUCGUCACCCACCUGGUCUGUGGGAGUUCAGGCAGUGACUGUUGUUACUACAGAUCCAUCCCUAUUCGAGUCAAAGCAUGUCCAGGAAACUAUUAUGUCUAUGAGUUUGUCAGGCCAACAUUAUUCUGCAAUGCUCUGCAGGCUGUUUACUGUGCAGAUGUGAACACCAUCACGUCUGUCGUUACCCCAACAACUACGGCCAUUGGGAUUGAACUGACGUCCACUCCAAAUGUGACCACCAUCAUACCAGUCUCUACCACGACACUGGCCAUUAACACGGGACUGACCACCAGUCCGAGCAUAACUACUGCAAUUCCUGCUGCUGAGACAACAGAUGUGAGUGCCACACAAGCCCCUACGACAACAGCAACCAUUAGUACUGAACUGACCACGUCUCCAAAUCUGAGAACCACAGAAUUCACUGUGCCAACACAGACCACCAGCACUGAACUGAUCACCACUCCAAAUGUGAGGGCCACACAAGCCCCUACGACAACAGCAACCAUUAGUACUGAACUGACCACGUCUCCAAAUCUGAGAACCACAGAAUUCACUGUGCCAACACAGACCACCAGCACUGAACUGACCACCACUCCAAAUGUGAGCACCACACCGGUCUCUACAACAACAUUGACCAUUAGCACUGAACAGACCACAACAACACAAGUGAGCACCUUGUCAGGCUCUACAACAGCAACCAUUAGACCUGAACUGACCACGACUUCAAAUGGGAGCACCACAACAAUCCCUAAAACAACCGCGUCCAGUAGCACUGAACUGACCACUACUACAAUGGCAUCUACUGCAACUACAUCUGCUGUUAUAACAGAUGUGAGCACCACAUUGCUCUCUACAACAACAGUGGCCAUUACCCCUGAACUGACCACCACUCCAAGGACGUCUACUGCAUCUACUUCUGCUGAGACAACAGAUGUGAUUACUAUGCCAGCCUCUACAACAAUAGUGACCACUACCACUAAACUUACCGCAACUCCAUUGGCCUCUACUGAAACUCCUUUUGCUGAGACAACAGACACGGGCACCACACCAAUCUCCACCAGUACCAUUAGCACUAAACUGACCACAACACCAAGGACAUCUACUGCUGCUACGUCUGCUGAGACAACAGAUGUAAGCACAACGCCAGUCUCUUCCAGUACCAUUAGCGCGAAUCUGACCACAUCUGCAAAUGUGAGCACCACCCCAUUUUCUACAACCACUAAACUGGCUCCAGGUCAGACUAUCACCAUGUCUCCACAAUGCCAGGGAAACAUCUCAGCAGAAUGUGCAGAUGAUAUAUUUCAUCAAAUUAGCAACAGCACCAAUCCAGUGCUCUCUCCAGAAAUUGUGAAAAAGGUGCUACAGCAGCAGAUUCUGAAUGUUGAAGUAUUGAAUGCAGAUCAGCCUGUAUCCAUUGGCAACACAGUGCUGAACAAGACUGAAAUAUUGGUGUCUACGUUGGUGAACCCAACAGAAACCAUGCAGAUGGUUAACAUCUCUCUAAAUGACUUGGAAAUCCGUGUCUUUGCAAUUGGACCGAGAGCCUUCUUGAAAGAAAACCCUAUGCUCAGCAUAAACAACACACAGAUGGAUAUUGACCUUAUUGGCAUUUCACAAAACAACAAUGGAUCAGCUGCUGUGGCCUUCAUGAGCUACACCAGUAUGGUGGACAUACUGAGUCCUAAACUCUUCAACCCAACCAAGAAGACAGAGAAAAUCAUGAUGUCCACUGUGUUGUCAGCAACGCUGCCCAAAACCACCAACACACAACUCCCCACACCAGUCAACUUCACCAUAAAACAUAUAGAAGAUCUUCCCCCUAACAGUAACCUCUUCUGUGUCUACUGGAAUCAUUCUGAAUGGAUUGUCGAUGGCUGUUAUCUUCUCCAGACCAACAUUAGCCACUCUGUGUGCUCCUGUUUUCAUCUAUCAACCUUCGCUCUCAUCGUGCAGGUCAACCCACCGGAGAAGGAUAGUGAUCCUGUGAUGGACCUGAUUAACAUAAUAGCUGUGGCAGUGGGGCUUCUCUUCCUAUGCUUGACCCUGCUGACAUUUGCCCUUUGUCAGUGGAACCCGAGAGUGACCAACACGGCUCUGACCAACCUGUGUAUAAGCCUGUUACUGGCUCACCUCCUCUUUCUGCUUACACAGACAUUCCUAAAAUACAUACAGCCUCGGCGGAAUGGCCGCACUGGUGAGAGCUCCAGACAUAUGUGGAGUGGCCUGCGCACCAUUACUGACUACAAAGAAGGUGUGAUCUGUGAUAGGGGCUCGUCUUCCUCACUUGCAGAUAACUGUAAUGCUCAUUAUGUUCAUUUUGGGCCAAACACCUCACCUGCUGAGAAACUCCAAGUAGAGGAGGAGAGCUGUGCUCCAGCCAUUCCCCUGUCUGAGGUGGUGAAAUCCUUCUGGGCAGUUAACCCACACAAGGCACCUGGUCCUGAUGGCAUCCACAAGCGUGUACUUAAAACAUGUGCCAUCCAGCUGGCUGAGACUUUUACUGAUGUCUUUAACCUCUCCUUAAGACUGUCAGUGAUUUAG